GCCCGCGCUGGCGUUGAGGUGUCGAGGCGGUGCCGGUGUGUCCCUCACGGCGGCGGCAGGAGCCGCACGGGCGGUGCCGCUACGGGGACCCGCCCGCCCCCGCGCUGAGGUGCCGCUGUGUCGCUCGCGGCGGCGGCGGCGGCGGCAGGAGCCGCACGGGCGGUGCCGCUGCGGGGACCCGCCCGCGCCGCUCCGCCCGCGCCCCCCGGGCGCAGCCCGCCGGCCGUGAGGGCUGUGCCGCGCUGCCCCCCCCGCCCCGGGGCGCUAUGAGCCAUGAAGCCGCCCGGCAACAACUCCCUGCGGCGGCCUGGCUGCGGCGGCCGCGGCCGCCCCGCGCUCCUGCCGCUCCUCGGCCGCCUCGUCUCGCUGCUCCUGCUCCUCCAUGGCUCCUCUGUGCCCCGGGCCCGCGCGGCUGCAGCGGCCGCCGGCCUGCACUGGAAUGAAACAGCAAGUGGUAUAGAGGAAGUACUGGCAGAUGAAGAGAGUACAUUUCAACAGAGUAACAGCAGUAACAGUAAAAAUAACAGCUACAGCAAUGCAAUCCAGAAAGAAAUCACACUGCCUUCAAGACUUAUCUAUUACAUCAACAGAGACUCUGAGACCCCUUACCAUAUCCUGGAUACCAGGGCAAGGCACCAGCAGAAACAUGACAAGGCUGUACAUCUGGCCCAGGCAAGUUUCCAGAUUGAGGCCUUUGGCUCUAAAUUCAUCCUUGACCUCACAUUGAAUAAUGACUUGUUAUCUUCCAAUUAUGUGGAGAUCCACUAUGAAGAUGGAAAACCAAAAUUUUCAAAGGGGGGAGAGCAUUGUUACUACCAUGGAAAUAUCAGAGGUGUGAAGGAUUCCAAAGUUGCCCUUUCAACUUGCAAUGGACUUCAUGGCAUGUUUGAAGAUAAUACUUAUUUAUACUUGAUAGAACCCAUGGAUCUGACCCACACUGCAGAAAGUAAAAGUAGGCCACAUAUUAUCCAAAGAACUUACGGAACACAAGCCUCUAAGCAGUUGCGGGACCUUGAGACUGACUCUAGUUCUGAAUGGCCUUUUCUGUCUGAACUGCAGUGGUUGAGGAGAAGGAGAAGAAAGAGAGCAUUAUCUCGUGGUGUCUUUGAAGAAAUGAAAUAUCUGGAGCUCAUGAUAGUAAAUGACCAUAAAAUGUUCAAAAGGCACCGUUCUUCAACUGCAUACACAAACAAUUUUGCAAAGUCUGUGGUAAACCUUGUAGAUGCUAUAUACAAGGAGCAGCUGAACACCAGGGUGGUUCUCGUUGCUGUGGAGACUUGGACAGACAGAGAUCGCAUUAACAUUCACCCUGACCCUCUGCAGAUGCUUCACGACUUCUCCAAGUACCGGCAGCACUACAUCAAGCAGCACGCUGAUGCUGUGCACCUGCUCUCGAAUGUGACAUUUCAUUACAAAAGGAGCAGCUUAAGUUACUUUGGAGGUGUUUGCUCUGUGGCCAGAGGAGUAGGAGUGAAUGAGUAUGGCCUCCCUUUGCCCAUGGCACAGGAACUAGCACAGAGCCUUGCUCAAAAUCUUGGAAUACAAUGGGAGCCAGCUGCCAGGAAACCAAAGUGUGACUGCACUGAAUCCUGGGGUGGUUGCAUCAUGGAGGAAACAGGGGUAUACCAUUCCAGGAAAUUCUCCAAAUGCAGCAUUGCAGAAUACAAAGAAUUUUUACUUCGUGGGGGAGGUGCCUGUCUUUUUAACAGGCCAACAAAGCUUUUUGAAGCCACUGAGUGUGGAAAUGGAUAUGUAGAAGCAGGAGAAGAAUGUGAUUGUGGUUUCCGAAUGGAAUGCUACGCAGACUGUUGUAAGAAGUGCUCUCUUUCUAAUGGAGCUCAUUGUAGUGAUGGACCCUGCUGUAAUACAUCGUGUCUCUUUUUCCCACGAGGUUACGACUGUCGAUAUGCAGUGAACGAGUGUGACAUUGCAGAGUUCUGCACUGGGGAUUCUGGACAGUGUCCACCAAAUCUUCAUAAACAAGAUGGGUAUGCCUGUGAUUCUAAUCAGGGUCGUUGCUAUAAUGGUGAAUGCAAGACAAGAGAUAAUCAGUGCAAAUAUAUCUGGGGAUCUAAGUCUUCAGGAUCUGACAAAUUUUGUUAUGAAAAGCUCAAUACAGAAGGCACAACAAAAGGAAACUGUGGAAAGGAUGGAGACCGAUGGAUUCAGUGCAGCAAACAUGAUGUUUUCUGUGGCUUUUUGCUCUGUACUAAUCUUACUAGAGUUCCACGAGUUGGUCAAGUUCAAGGAGAAAUUAUCCCAAAUUCUUUUUAUCAUCAAGGACGCAUAGUGGACUGCAGUGGUGCUCAUGUUCUUUUAGAUGAUGAUACGGACUUAGGUUAUGUGGAGGAUGGAGCUCCGUGUGGACCUCAGAUGAUGUGUCUGGACAAAAAGUGCCUGCCAAUUCAGUCCUUGAACAUAAGCAGCUGUCCCAUUGGUUCCAAUGGAAAAGUCUGUUCUGGUCAUGGGGUUUGUAGUAAUGAAGCCACUUGCAUUUGUAAUUUCUCCUGGGCUGGGACAGACUGCAGCAUUGAUGAUCCUGUCAGGGAUACUGGUGGCAAGAAGGAUGAAGGACCCAAGGGUCCUAGUGCCACCAAUCUUAUAAUAGGCUCCAUCGCUGGUGCCAUCCUGGUAGCAGCUAUUGUCCUUGGGGGGACAGGAUGGGGCUUUAAGUUAUCAGAUGUUCAUAUGAACAUUCGGUACUGUGGUGUCAAGUCCAUAUCAAACGCUCUUAUUUUAGUUCUUCACAUGUUUCUCUCCCUCAUACAACAUUGUUAGCAGAAUAUCCUAAGUGAAGAAAGGCAGUGGUUUGGUCAGUAUCUCGUUCCUCAAAGGCUGUAUUUCUGCUGAAUAAAACUAGGAAAUAAAUAAAUAUAUGGUUUGGACAGAAUGCAUGAUGAGGUUUGUACUAGAACACUACACUAGUGAAGAUCAGGUUAGAAAAGAGCAGAUAAGAUAAAAGUCAAAAGAGUUAGAUUGUACUGGAAGCUAGCAUAGCUUCUGUCCUCUGUACCAUGUUCUAAGACUUUAUAAAAAGUCCCUUUCUUUAAUUAAAAUAAGCUCAGGUAACAAUGUAAUUCAGUGUCUGUUUUGUCCUCUUCAAAUGGGAAUAUGGUACUUCCCAUGUAGUGGAAGGACAAGUUAUGUCACCUGGAUUUUUCAUCUGCAUUGUUGAUUUAAAAGGACUGACUAAUUAGUUUGUUUAUCAGUAGUACUUGAAUUCAAGGACGCUAGACAGUAUUUAAAAGGAGGAGAUGGGGAGAAGAGAAGCAGACCUGUCCUUUUCCCAUUGAAACUGGCAGGAGAAGCAGAUACACAGCAGCCUUUAACUCACAUUUAACCAAGUUCUGUAAUAUUCAUGCUUCCUAGCUGGCAGUUUUGCAAGUUGGCCUAAAAAUUAUUUUUCUCAUCUCUAGUUUACCUGUAGUUUAGAGGACGAGGAAUUGAGAUACUGACAUAAGGGCAGCCUCAUUCCAAAGGAGCAUUAGUACAGUAAUCCUGGAGGGGAAAAGACUGAAAGAUGAAUACAAUAAUCUUUCAGAAACUAGCAGUUCUUAAGCAUUCAUCUUGCACAAAUCCAAUCACAGGUAUCCAAGCUAAAAAACCAAAAUCAAGGAUUCCCAAGAAUUUACCAGCCUCUGGAAGUCCUUUCAAAAAGAAGUUGCCUUUGCAUUAGUCUCAAACCACCAGUUAAAUCUUACGUAUGGAAUAAAUAUUGUAGCAGUGGUAGAGGUUAGCAGGGCUGCAGAAGAUUGAAAAUCCAGGGGUUGGUGUAGCUUUAGGGAAUAUAUGAAUUCCUGUUCUGUAUUUUUUGCAUGUUGGUUUGGUGGUGGUAGUUGUGUGUAUGCCCAAUGGUAAAACUAAAUGCAUGAGCCCCUUGCUUGAUGCCCCACAUAAAGCCAGAUACUGGGGAGGUUGCACCCAACUUUUGUUGUUGCUUCCUAAUGUCUUGCUGUUUGACAUAGGACAUCAACAUCGCAGGAGAUUGGAUGUCACCAGCUUGCUGCCCACUGUUAACAUUAGUUCUAAUCACACAACUGACAAAGCUGUCCAGUCUCCUUCGAAUGCAAUGUCUCUGCCGUCUUUUGCACCUUACUAAGAUUCACAGCACUUAUGGUCAAUAGUGUGGUAAGAGCUCACAAAGGCACACACACUUUUGUCACACUGGAUUCCAUACAGUAAAUUCUGGUGUAGCCAGAGCUGGGCACUUGCUCUGAGAACUCAAGCCUCUGCUGGCUGAAGUGUUGCCAUUCCUGGCACUUGUGACUCAUUCUCUUUAGGUAAACGUGUGUAUUCUUGGCCUAGUGCACGCGUGUUACUGGGAGCUGAAGAGUUCUACAAAUUUAGAGCACCACUUUAAAUACUACAGAAAUAAUUGAUUUCUGUGUGCCAGCAUGAUCUUUAAAGUGCACAAGGAAACCAGUACUUGGUAUCAUGCUGUAGAAAGCAUGUGACCAAAUUCCUUAAGUUACCCCUUGGAAAAGUUCCUGGUUAAACUGUCAGUGUGAGCCUUUUACUUUACUAUGACCUUAGCAAUGGCUUUGUUCCUGUUAUACCUAACUAAUGUCUUGCAUUUUUCUCUCUCCUUCUCCUUUUGAUGCAACC